GCUGUAUCAUGACAGGACUGAGUCUAAUUAUACACCCAUAGCGAGAGAGGGGGGUCAAAAAGGGCGAGUGUGUGUGUGUGAAGAGAGAGAGAGUGAACGAGAGAGUGCUUAAAGUGGGUGAGAGAGGGAAAAGCCAGAAGACUAGAUAGACUAGCUGAAGAGAAGAUUGAAAAAGAGACAGAAACUACUGAGCAUCAUUCAGUGUGUGUCACUCCAGAAAAACCCACCCAGAGAGGUUAAUGAACGUGUUUCUGAACGUGGCCGUGUUUGACAAGUGGUGUGCGUGAUGUUGUUCAGCAGAAGAACGUGUGUCUCUCCUAGCCCCACAGUCUCCCCAGCUGCCCAUGUAACCUAGUCUGGCCAAUCAGGCCCGGGGGACUGCCCCAUGAAUCCAAGCCCAGAACGCAGCAAAGAGUGUCUUCCCCCCAAGAAGCGAGAGUCCCGACAGGGCUUGUCUGAUCAGCCGGCCCCAGAGAAUGACUUCAAACCCCCUGCCCCUCUCCGAAGCCGAAGGCCUCGUCGCUCCACCGAGGGUCACAGGGAAAGUGCUGAUCUCCAGCCACCUCCUCUGCCUCCCCUUCCACCGUCGUUGCCUUGGCAGGUGUCCUAUGCCCCCUCCAUGCACCACUCAUACCUGCCGAUCCAAGUGGGUGAGAGGCGAGGGUCGCUCUCUGUAUCCUGGAGAGAUACGAUGUGUGGACAGGGAAUGGAGCGAGGAUUGGAUCACCCUGUUUCUCACCAUUCCCGCUGGCUCCGUGGUGAUGUCCCUACACUAAACUUGCAGCCAUAUUUCUCAGUGCCCACGUUCAAGAACGUCUACAUGAGUGAGUCCGCGGAGAUGUGGCCCUACAGCCACAAUCGACGAGACUACAGCUUCCCCUUCUCCUCUCACCUUUAUCCUCGGCCAACAGUCUAUCCCCACGACACCCUCCCUGAAAGCGGGCCUAGGUACCACAGUAGAAGGCCCAAUGGUGUGGAUGGCCUGGACAGUGGGUUUAGCAGAAGAGCACCCUUGUGCAAUGAUGAUGGAAACAGUAUCAUGACCAGCUUGGAUGGCUCCAGUGAUAAUGCCAGGAGAAGACAAGAGGACAUGUCUAGACAGAGCACUGGGAAAGGCAUCCAGGUGCAAGAGAGCAUGAGUGCACAUUCCUCAUCACGAGACAGGGACCCUCGGAGAACACAGAAAGCUGAGGUGCCACCCUUGUCAGAUGCAAAGGCAGGAAAGACAAUCGCUUCUCAGGACUAUUACAGUGGAAGUGCCUCACAGGCUGGAGCUCAAAUCUACUAUGCCCUAGGCUCCCUCUGUCCUACUGGUCAUCAGAACCCUCAGACAUACCCACAGCUUAGCCCUUCCUUCCCUCCGAUAAAAUCUCAGCCCUCCCCACACAGCCAGCACAAAAGCCAUGGGGAUGAGACAGAAUGGGAUACCUCUGCGCGACUGUACUGUCCUGCCGUCGCUGUGCUCACUGGCCCCGACCCACCCGCCUCUGCAGUCCUACCUCAUUUUGCCAAAGGUUCCCUUAUUGAACUUGCCGGUGGCCGUCUCAAGAGGGUGGAGGAGUUAAAGACAGAGGAUUUCUUGCGCAGUGCUGACACCUUGCCUGAGUUUCACCUGAGCACCUGCACUAUUCUGUUAAUUUCACCUGGACCCACCCACGGCUUCAACCACCUGAAGGUUCUGCUCACAGACCGCAACACUCAGGAGCUACUCACAGUCUUAGCUGAAUAUCCAUUUUUUGUACGGGAUCAUGGCUGGUCUUCAUGCAGUCCUCAGCGAAGCGCCCAGCUGUACGGCCUGCCGUGCCGUCCGCUCAGCACAGGUGACGUGUGUCUGGCACUGACUCCAACACCCACUCCGCAGUUUGCGCACUUCGGCAGCCAGGUGCAGCGUUUGGAAGUCGGGGUGCUUCCUUGCACAGAAACAGCAGAGAGGAUGCCCCCUCCCCUGGCACCUCCCCCUCUCCCUGUGACCCUGACUUCUCCCCCUGCUCUGCCGAGAGAGCGGCUCGGAACGCGCAAAAGACGCUGGUCUGCUCCUGAGCUCCAGUCAGGGAGCGAAACUAGCCCCAGUUUACCUCAUGGUUGUAAGCAGGAAAGAAAGCAGUAAGCAGGAGCGAGAAGGAGACGAAGAUUUGCAACUGGUUAAUUCUUUGUAACCUCACACACCCCUUGGGUAAAUAGUUCCUUAUUGUUAAACAUUCGUUAAAUGACAGGCUGGGAAAGCCCAAAUUGAGACAAUCAAGAAUCACUUAUCUGUGAUGCCACGCACCUUUUACUUAUGCUAAUCUCCAGCCUUCUUCUGCAGGGUAUGUCUUUUCAAUCAGUAUUAUGACAACAGAUAAAAGAAGAUUAUUUACGCAACGCAAUCUUGUUUCAUGUUUAUGAAUGUAUUAUUCAGUGUGGGGUCCAUAUGCUAGCUCACUUUAGCAUUAUUCUCCAGUCUUUUCUCACCGAGGGAAAAGACACUACCGACCCCACACCCCAGCUGGGAGUUCCGACCGAUGCGCCGCCCUGUGGUUGGUGUCUCGGUGUG